UUGUUCACAAAAACGUUGAAGCAUUUGACCAACGCGACUUGUAAAUACAGUCCACAAUACUUCUGCGGAGAGGCUUGCGACUGCCGGGACAGAGAACGCUAUCACGGUAGUCCUCCCCACGAGUUUCGCAUUGACAGGAUGACGCAGACGCAGGGGCAUUCUCCAAAUGAAAAUCAGAGAGAAGCAGAAUCCAUGGGGCGACACGGAGACCAGUCAUUUCAAGCCACAAAAAGUACCGAUGGGCAACAGAAAACACAUCCUGACGAGGUCAACAGCCAAACCAUACAUUCUUCAAAUGUCGCCGACAAAAGCAAAAGUCCAUUUUUGCCUCCCAUACACACAGCCAAACCGUGGCCAGAAGACCGGCUAACAGGAGAUCACGAUCUACAGCGCUGCCUUGGAAGCUUCCCCUCUUCCCUAUGGAAGACGUUCCAGCGGUGGACUUACGCCUACAUGCAACCAAUCUUGCUCAAAGGCCAAAGACAGUUUCGAGAGAAAGAUCACCUCACAGUGGAAGAUGUGUAUGUAAUUCCAGCCGAUAUGCAAGCAAGCGUUUUAGUCGAGCAAUUUUGGGACGACUAUCACAGAACUAAAAAGCUUGUACCGGUUCUGUUCCGAUUGAUCCAGCCAAUCUUUGUCCCUGCCGGAUUUUGGGAGCUCUUGGUCGUCUUGGCCAAAGUGUCUUUACCUUUGUCUCUCCGCCAAAUCCUGCUGGUGCUCGAAGCCAACCCGAGUGCCUCGGUCAUUUCCGAAGGCCUGCCUUUUGCUAUCACCCUUUCCUUAGCUGGCGUGGUGUUGGCUUUGUCACAGAACCGUGUCGUCUUUUUGUGUACAGCCAGCGGAAUACGAAUUCGUGCGGCUCUUACAACGGCUCUUUACGAGCAUGCUUUACGACUUACUGCAUCCGGCAAGAUCGGGCUGACGACUGGGCAAGUCACAAACUUGGUUGCGGUCGAUACGCAGAAGCUUUUUGAUGUAUGCGUGGAAGGACACAAUUUGUGGAGUUGUCCGUUACUGAUUAUUAUAGUGCUUGCGCUAUUGGCGACCCUGAUUGGCACCGAAUUGAUGAUAGGAGUGCUGGUUUUGAUUCUCUUCAUUCCGAUUGUCCGAUGGAUUGUCCAGCAGAUGUUGAAAAUUCGGAAAGCGCGAUCGGCCCUCACUGAUGUACGAAUCAAUACACUGACAGCCAUGUUGCAUGGCAUUCACGUCACCAAACUCAACCACUACGAGCGAAACAUUGAAUCUCAGGUGGAAACAAUCCGUAGGCAAGAAAUGGUGUUGCUCCGAAAAGAGCUGUGGAUGUGGGGCUGGGUACUGACGACGGCAGUGUGUUCUCCGCUAGUGGCGGUCAUGGUUGCCUUUUCCUUCUAUACCUUACUGGACGAAGGCAAUCUGCUGACGCCGUCUACCGCAUUUUCUACCCUCCUAUUGUUUUCCAUUUUGCGUUCUCCUAUCAACAUGGCGGCUCGUCUUGUCGGAAAUAUGUCACAAGCGGUAGAAAACGUUUCUCGGAUAACUCUUUUUUUAGAGCGCGAGGCACACCUUGCUGUAGAUGAGGAAGCCUCGAAUGAACCGGUCAAAACCUUGGUCAAGACUAGCAAACGUGCUUUCCCAAAAAGGCAGCUUGUUCGUUUUUCUGCCUCAAGAGACAAUUUGGUGUCUAUAGAGGCGGGAUGCUUUUCGAUCAAGCCGCAAAACAGUAUUAUUCAAGGUUCCUUUCUCGCUUCGUUUCGCGGUCUCACACCAGAAAGAAGUCUCGGAAAGGGUGACUUUACAGCAGGGGUGAAAGGAUUUUCCGUGAGCAACUUGUCGUUCGAAGUCAAACGGUCUGAGGUGAUUGCAGUAGUUGGGAAGGUGGGAUCGGGGAAGUCGCUUUUGCUACGAGCGUUGCUUGGUGAAGUUCCAACGUUCUUUGGAGACAGAAUCUUCGUUUCGGGGCGCUCAUCGUAUGCAGCACAGCAAGCUUUUAUACUGAAUGCUAGCUUGCGAGAAAACAUCCUCUUUGGAAAAGACUACAAUGAACAGCUAUACAAAAGAGUCCUUAAGGCUUGCUGCUUAACGGCUGACAUUCAAUGGCUUGGCCCCGCGGGGGAUUUGACGCAAAUUGGCGAGCGUGGUGUGACCUUGUCGGGUGGGCAAAAGCAGCGCGUUGCUUUAGCUCGAGCAGUGUACACCGAUCCUGAUCUCGCUUUCUUGGAUGAUUGCUUUUCGGCGUUAGAUCCUAGCACAGCAAAUGCUGUUUACGAGGGCCUCUUUGGAUUGACGCAGGGAGAAGGCCGCAAUGGUAUUCUUCGAUCAGCUGGAACUAUUCUUGUAACUCAUUCGAUUCAAUUUCUUUCCCGAGUGGACAAGAUCCUUGUCCUGAGCGAUGGAGCUCCUUCAUUCUUCGGGACAUGGGCAGAAUUGCAGUUAUUUCAGGGCUCCAAGGGCAAUUUGAUUGAGUCUAUUCAACAGAACUGUCAAGAAGUAGAGAAGAAGAGUAGGAGUGGGGAGCUAGAAGAGGGUCAAACAGCCAAUGAAGGUGGAUUGAUAAUGACUGUUGAAGAGCGCAAGUAUGGAGGAGCUAGUUUUUCUGUCUGGACCCGAUGGUUUAGUAGUGCAGGAGGAUGGUCAUUCUUCUUGUCGCAAAUGAUUUUGUCAAUAGUUGAGAAUGGGCUUUUUGUCUCAUCAGAUUGGUGGUGUGCUAAAUGGUCUGAUUCAACUUUCACCGGAACAGAUCUUUUCGGAAUGUCCUUUCCGCCGCAGACGGAAGGGAGGUCUGUUCAAGUGCAGUAUGCCGUUGUGCAUCUUUUAAUUGUCGUUCUUUCCGUCUUUGCCACCUCGAUACAGUUGCAGUUUGCAGUUGCUGGAGGCGCUAAAUGUGCGGAGCGAAUGUUUUUGGACAUGACCACUCGGGUUCUGCGCGCUCCCUCGUCGUAUUUUGAAACCACACCGUUGGGUAGAGUGCUUAACCGUUUCACAUACGAUGUUGAGGUUUUGGAUGUUGAGCUAUCCAUUUCCAUGGCUGGCUUGAUGAUAUCAUCAAGUCUGCUGAUCUCUUCCAUUGUUGUUAUGCUUGCUAUUUUGCCGUGGAUUGCCCUCUAUAUUGUGCCUGUCGGAGUCGCAUACACUUGCAUUCAGCUUUAUUAUCGCAGGAGUGGCCCAGACCUGCAAAGGAUUGACGCAACAUCUCGGAGCCCGAUUCAAGCAAAGCUCGCAGAAGGUAUGGAUGGUGCGACGACUAUUCGAGCUUUUCACCAAGAGAAACCGUUCAUUGUUGGUUUCCAAAGGAACGUCGACUUCAACAGCUCUGCCAUGCUAAACUUUGCAGCUGCCCAGCGCUGGUUGGCCUUCAGGAUGGAAAUUCUUGGUGCCACUGUUGGUUUUGUCUUCAGCACAAUUGUUAUUUGCACAAAUGAUCGCUUGAAAAUCGAUUCCGGAAUGGUUGGUUUGGCCCUGCAAUGGGCGACCAUAUUCUCAGCAGCACUCAAUUUUUUCUUUUUGAGAUUAACGGAGGCCGAGGCGAAAAUUACUUCAAUUGAACGUGUUCACCAAACAACACUUCUUCCACAGGAAGCAUCCUGGGAAACAGAUCCAUUGAUGAAUCUUGACAAAAAUUGGCCCAAGACUGGGAUUUUGCAGUUUGAUAGUGUGUGUAUGCGCUAUCGCUCUGACCUGCCCCUGGCCCUAAAAAAUGUUUCCUUUCAGUUAGCGCACGGAAUGCGAUGCGGCAUUGUAGGCCGGACAGGCUCUGGCAAGACGUCGCUAACGGCAAGUCUCUUUCGAUUGGUCGAAAUCGAGGCAGGUCAAAUUGUUCUUGACGGAAUAGACCUUUCGAAGGUGGGCCUGGCGGAUGUUCGCGGUCGUCGAAACGGAAUGCAGAUCAUUCCCCAGGAUCCGGUUCUGUUUGCGGGAAUUUUACGGGAGUGUCUUGAUCCUUUCUUUCUCGAAAGCGACGAAAAGGUGCUGCAGGCUCUUCAGGCAGUAAACCACAAGGGAGUCAAUGAACGUGGCAAAGCUGUUCUGAAUGAUCCGGUGGACGAGGGGGGAAGCAACUACAGUGUUGGUGAGCGGCAGCUGCUGUGCCUGGCUCGCGCUAUUGUGCAAGAGCCUCGUGUACUGGUCCUGGACGAAGCGACUGCCAGCGUCGAUGCGGCUACCGAUGCCUUCAUUCAAGACAUGCUCCGCACUCGCUUCAAAAAUACGACGUUGUUGACAAUAGCUCACCGUCUGAACACCAUUAUGGAUUACGACAUGGUAAUUGUACUGGACGACGGUCACUGCGUGGAGACGGGCUCACCGCUUUCCCUCUUGGCUGACCCUGACGGUUGGUUUACGGCAUUGGUGGAUGCCAGCGGACCGAACAUUGCGGCGGAGCUUCGACGGAUUGCGGCAGAAAAGGAGCCAUAGGACUGCCGUUGUCACCGUUGGAGGGUAGGAAGAAAUGCCCUGAUUGGCGCACACUUUCCAGGUUGUACCGAUGGUGUGUUUGUUCCCAUCUGUUCACGGGUAACAACAAUAAAUAUAGGCGACUGGUGAUUAACUCGCUAUAGAAGUCAUUAUCUUAUUC